UAAGAAUACAACUCUUAUUCGUUACUUCUCUAGUUCGUCAAGCCAUUGACGAUUAGAAAGCACUAAAAAUAAAAUACAAUCCAAUUUCUAGAAGUUGAAAAAUCAUAGAAACACGUUUAAAUAUACCAAAGAAAGAAGAUUAGAGAAGCAUUUUUAUAAAAAUAAUGACUGAAAUAAGACAAAUUGCAUUGCUUCCUGCGGGAUGUCAACCUUGGAACAGAAGUGUGGUGGCAAUGAAAGGUCGGCGAUUUGCCUACGGUGCUACAUUAGCUAUUUACAUUUAUGAAAUGGAUAAUAAAACUCAUAACUUUUAUCUACAUUCGAUUAUGUCGGAGCAUAAAAAAGUUAUUACAGCACUCGAUUGGCACCCGAGAGAUAUUGAUUUACUAGCAAGUGCUAGUAUAGAUCCUUGUAUCUGUAUAUGGAAUAUUGCACAGCAUUCUUUAAUUACUCUUCUGAAUACUUCACCGACUAUACCGUCUAUUAUCUCUUGGCUACCGGGUCACGAAAAUGUAUUGGUUUAUUUAGAACAUAAAGGACCACUCUACUGUUGGAAAUUUAGAAAUUAUGACGGAAAUAUUCAAACCGAAAGUAUAUAUAACAUGAAGGAAUAUCCUCCGUUUAACAGUAAAAUUACAUGUUUGGCCUUAUGCAAAUCUGAAAAAUUAAAUAUGGCAUUCGGUCAUGAAGACGGUACCGUUUCUAUAUAUGUAAAAGAUAAAAAGCCACAGAGACAUAUCAAUAUUCAAUCUCAGGGAAACGAACAAGAAAAGAGUAACGAUGAGUCGAGUUCGAUUACAUCUUUGCAGUGGGACCCAUUAUCUUCUCAUUACAUCCUUGUAGCAUGCGGAUGUAAUUAUUUAUAUUUAUUGGAUACAAGUAACGAAGUCGUAAAUGUUGUAUCGACAUAUUCGUCUCCGAGUAAAGCUGUAUCAAUUGCCUCAAUCGCUUGGCUUCCCGAAGUGCCAGGAUCUUUUGUAUCAGCAGAUGUUGAUGUUGGAAUUUUAAGAAUAUGGAAUGUUUCAAAGUGUACACCAUUAGAAAAUAUACGUUUAAAACAAACUGGUUUUUUGACUUUUUGUGUUUUACCAGCUAAAAAGCCCAACAAAAUGAUCAAAACAUCAGAUAAUUCUCAUUUUGGAGAUAUAUUAUCAAGUGGCAGUAAAUUUCUUGCUAGAAUUAUUUGCUUGUUUUUGGAUGGAGGAGUUGGAGUAUAUGAUUUGAGUCGAUAUUCGUGGGAUUUCUGCAGAGAAAUGGGUCAUACUGAAACAAUCUUUGAUUGUGAAUUCAAACCCAGUAAUUGUGAUUUAUUAGCAACAGCAAGUUAUGAUGGAACUAUUAAAGUAUGGAAUGUCAACACAAUGAAAGCAAUUGAUUCUUCACCUGGUAACAUGAGCAUAAUUUAUUCUAUUUCUUGGGCUCCUGGUGACUUGAAUUCAAUUGUUGCUGGUACUUCAAAUCAAGGAAUCAUGAUAUGGAAUUUAGAGAAGAAUGUUAUUGCUCAUAAAAUGUUAAGUCAUGGAAAAAAUACAAAUGUAUAUUCUGUCUCAUGGAAUCAAAAAGAUGCCAGAAAAAUUGCUUCUGGGGGAGCUGACAAAUGUUGUAUGGUGCACCAAUCUGAUGGAUGCUUGCUGUUUACAUUUAAACAUCCAUUACCUGUCUAUGGUUGUGAUUGGAAUCCAAGUAAUGAAAAUAUUUUAGUUACAUCAUGUGAAGAUAAGAAUAUUAGAAUAUUUUAUGUGUCAUCAAAUAAUAGUUCUCCUUUGAAAAUACUUCCAGGACAUACAGCAAAAGUUUUUAGAGUAAAAUGGGCACCUUUGAAAGAAGGAGUGUUCUGUAGUGGCUCAGAUGAUUGUACAAUAAGAAUUUGGGAUUAUGCUAGUGGAGAAAGUUUGCGCACACUAACAGGGCAUAAACAUAAUGUACGUGGAUUACAGUGGCAUUCUGAACUUGCAAAUAUUCUUUUAUCAGGUAGUUGGGAUUUCACCAUAAGAGUUUGGGAUAUUUCUGAUGGAACUUGUUUAAAUAUAAUGGAAGAUCAUGGUGGUGAUGUUUAUGGUAUGAAUUGUCACAGUGGUCGUAAACUCUUAAAUGCUUCAACAUCUCGUGAUUCUACUGUUCGGCUCUGGUCUUUAUUUUCUCUAGCAUCUACAAUAUAUUUAAAAAUAUUAGUUCAUAGGCCAUGGGAUGAAAUUUUCAAGCAUUUGGAGAAAAGUGAAGACUUUCCUAUUGAAUUACUAUGUGGUCAAGCUUCAAAACAAUUGAAAUCAAAUUAUAAAUUUCAAAAGAAGCAAUAUAAAAAAGCAAUUAAAAUGUUCUCAAAUUUGUUAUGUCCAUCCCUUGGUGUGAGUAAUAUAUGGGAUUUAGUCAUAGUUCUUCAAGACAAGGAUACCAAUGAAUUAUCAGAAACAUAUGGAAAAGGAAUAAUUCAUCAUAAACAAUUACUAAAAUAUCGAUCUUCAGAAGCUCAAGAAACUGAAUUAAUUAAAAUGACUCAGUUUGGAACUGGGGGUAUUGGAGUUCCUACAAGAGAAGAAUGUCUUCGAAAUGCAGCCAAGAAGCAUUUGUUAACAGGGAAUUUGAAACGCUACUGUGAAUUAAAGAUUGAUUUAGGAGAGUGGAAGGAUGCAUUAGCUGUAGCACCUGGAGUGUCACUCAAUUAUUGGACUUCUGUUGCCACCAGGUGGGCUAAAAAAUUAUUGACAGAAGGAAAUGGAGAAGCUAUACCUGCUUUACUAGCAACUGGCAAUGGCACAGAUGUUUUAGAAUUUUAUCGAUCUCAAGGAGAACUUCAGCAAGCUUAUUGCAUUGCCGCAGCUAUUUCUGAAGGAGUUGUGCUAAAAAAGGAAACAAAUGACUCCAAUUCCUAUAUUAAUUCACCAGGAAAUGAUUACAAUAAUGAAAAAAAUAAUANAGAAGAAAUGUCUGAGCAAUACUUCAAUCAAGGUUCUCCAAUAUAUUCUGCUUGUUGUCAUCUUGCUGCUGAUGAUGUCAGGUCAGCACUAACAACUUUGAUACAAGGAAAUGAAUUAGAAUUGGCUGUAAGUUUAGCAAUUACAUUUGAGGAAUAUGGUGCAAUGAUGAAAACUGCAGUAACACAUUUAGCAUGGAGAUGUGUUAAAAAUGGAAACUGGGAAUUGGCAAUGGAUUUAUUGAAUCUCUCUCCUGAUACUGAUCUUAUCAAAGCACAAAUUUGUAUUUUCUGUGAAUUGUCAUUACCCGAACGUAAUGAAUUAUACCAGAAGGCUAAUUUGCCAUUAAUGGAAAGUUGUCUAAACGAAGCUACUAUAGCUGAAAAUAACAAUGUUUCUAUAUUAGAAGUUGUGAAACUUUUUCUUUUAUCAGAAAAGCCAACAAUGGGUCUUGAACUUGGUUUAAGUUUUAUUAGAGAAAAGCUUUCAGUAGCACAUUGGAAAUUAAAUGAAGUAUGGGAUAUGUUACAAUUACUUGCAGCAACUAGAAUGCAUGUUCUUCAUGAUUCUAUUAAUGAAAUACAUUGCUCUGAAUUACUAUUAUAUUCAUCAUACAUUGGUGGCAUUAUGGCAAUGUGUCAUGGAUAUUAUCCAAUUGUUGGAUCUCUUAUAUCAGAUGCAAUAGAAUUAUUGGACAAAGUUCAGUUAUCCAAUUUACCACUCGAUAAAGAGCUUUUAGUUUCAGAAUUGGCAGUAUGGAAGUUACACAGAUCUGAAUUCAAAAAUUAUUGUCCUGAAAAACCAGAUGUAUAUAAUAAUCUAAUGUGCAGGAUAAACGAAAAAAAAAUUUUGGAUGUUGGCGUAACUAAGGUAACAGGCUCUCAUCUACCUCGUCAUUCAGACCAGCACAAGUGUUAUCUCACAAAACAGCCACUUCAGGGACCAGUAUUUUUCUUAGAAAAAGGUAAAUUGGCCAUUUCUCUAAAUGAUGCAAUUAUGUGGGCCAAAGUCAAUCCCUUUUCACCUCUAAACGAUGGACAAAGAAUUAUACCAUUUUAGUGCAUAAACAUUUUAUUUAGAUGACAAAAAAAUCUGAAAUUACUUUAAGAAGAAAAUCAUAGUAUUUUAUUAUAAAAUUUUAUAUGCUAAAACAUGUAUAGU